CGCGACGCCGCGGCGGAGACGCGCGCGAACCACCGGCCGCGGAACGGUCCGUCGAAUGCGAUACGAUCCGUCGACGACCGCGAAACGAUCCACACCGCCGCGUACUGCAGCAGUAAAAACGCCGACGGCGACGCGACCACGCGACGUAUCGAUACUAUCGUUAUUAUUGUCAUUUAUUUUUCGCGCACCGAUCGACAUAUUGUUCUAAUAUAAAUCGUAACCGUCGCGGACACGCCGGAACGGGGGUACACCUACGACCGAGGACCGCACGCCAUGGCCCGACAUGGGUGACCUGGCCGACACCAUCGACGAUCUCAUAUGCAGUUUCGAAAGCGAUGGUAGCAAGACGAUGGACACGCUGAUCAUGUACCUGUUCUGCUGGGCGCUGGUCGGGUUCGCCGCGCUGGCCGUCGGCAAGUUCGCCUACGGCCGGGCCGCCCUGUACGCCGGCCGCAAGUCGGCCGCCGCCGCCAGGACGGCCGCGGCGUCCGGCCCGGAAGCGGACGCGGCCGGCGCCGCCGCCGCGGGGGGCGACCGCAGGCCGCCCCAGCUGAACCACCACCGGGCCGUGCCGCCCACGCCGCCGGUGGCCCGCAAACGGCUGGGCUCCAAGACGGGCCGCACGUCCGCGGCCGUGGCCGGCGUCGCGGCCGGUCUGUCCGCCGUGCCGGCCGCCGCGGCCGCCAGCAAGGCGUUCUCGUCGGAACAGCAGCAGGCGGCCCACCACCUGCACCACCACCACGCGCAGCACCAGCGCCGGCCACCGCCCGCGGCCACCGGCAACGACCCGGACGCCGUCCGCUGGACGAACGACGUGUUCAAGUGGCUGUACGACGCGGCCGCGACCACGGCCGGCAGCGGCGGCGAACCGUCGGCCGUCGAUUAUCUGCUCGGCGAGUGGACGUCCGCCCUCAACGAGUACACCAAAAAGUCGUUUGCCGAACACGGCGUCGGCGUCGAAUUCGUUCGGUUUCUACCGGAAACCCAUCCGCCGGUGCUCAGCAACGUGUUUUGUGAACUCGGAGUCUGCGAAAACGUCACGAUCACAUGUGACUGCGACGCAACGCCGGCGAUGCAGUUGAAGGCGAUGCGACAGAAGGGCGACAAAGUGGACGUUUCGCAUUACCGAGUGAACGUGAACAAGUUGCAGGCCCGGUUGAACAUAUCGUGCGACACCGGCAAGAAGAGGGGGCAAAUCAAAUUCGACGGAUGGCCAAAAAUAAAAGUUGCGCUGGCCCAAGUGGGAUACAUUAAAAGCAAAUCUAUGGACGAAGUACAGCUGCAAGAUGUGAUCUUGGACAUUGUGACCGGUGCCAUAAGAUCGACAGACCUUUCGGUCGAUCUGUACCGGUGGUCAGAGUUUCCGAGUUUCAUGAAAAGCCAACAGCAGACAACCACUUCGCCUUUGGACUCGUACACCGAUCGAAUGAUGAGUCCGAAAAUAGAAUCAUCUACGGUCAUGAAGCAAGGAGAGAAAAGGUUGAUGGUCAAAGUCAUAAAAGCGAUCGGACUCGGACUCAAACAAGGGUGUUACGAACCGUACUGCGUGAUCGAAGUCGACGACCCGUUCCAGAAGAAGCAGACUUCGACGAAGAAGAACACUUCGUCGCCACAGUGGAACGAAAACUUUAUGUUCACUCUGAACCGGACGACCGAGGAGAUAUUGUUCGAGGUGUACGACUGCAACCCGAAUGGCGGAAAUCAGUUUAUGGGCUUGGCCAUUGUCAGCGUCGAAGAACUGCUCGUCAACCCUUACCAGAGACAAGUGCUGUCGCUCCAGUCACGACCGUAUCAAGACGAUUCCGUGUCCGGCACUCUCACGUUAGAAUUCAUUUUUAUCGAAGACGAAGAACAGAACUCCGUCUCAAAGGGAACUUCAGAUUUUACGAACGAAAGGCCAUCGAUGUACAACGAUCACUAUUUGCAAGAACCGUUCGGAGGCAGUACGAAUCAAACGCGGAAGAUCGCACAGGACGAAAACAAGAACAAACACAUCUCGUAUAACAUCAACACGGUGUUCAACAGCAAAGAUUAUUUGCAAAUGCCGUCGUCGGACCACAGGAACGCGGGGGCACAAGACGGCGUGGCGAAUCGGGCGAGUUUCUACAAUAGCGGCGGCAGUCCGCAGCUGCAGCGCGAGUCCCAAACGGGAAUAAGCGUGGACAGACAAUACGACGCCGGUUACAAUGGAAUGCACGAAGGUGAGAGGCCAGCUGGUGGAUUCCCACCGGACGGACAACAAUUAUUAAGCGAUCGCGGCCGGAGCAGGAAGAAGAAACGCGACUUUUUCGGCGCCAUGAGGACCCGGUUCAACAGGUCCAAAUUCAGGUCCAAGUCGAUCGACGCCAACCAACACGACAAGUACAACAACGAUUUGUACGGUCUGUCGCCGGGACAGGCGCGAUCGAUAUCGGCCGACGGCACCAGAAACUCGUCCGAGCCGUCCAUUGAUUUGUUGGCACCUCCUCGGGCCGGGUCGGCGCGGUCGAGCCUCAGCGAAAUGUCCGGAGCCAGCGGCACUUCGACGGGAACGUAUCUGAACGAAGCGUCGACGCUGGUGUUGGAGACGACGGAAAACAACUUGAAAAAGCAUUAUUUGGUGCCGUUCACUCAGGCCAAGAAAAGCAAAUGGAAGAGGGCUGGUGUUAAACUGCACAUAUACAACGACCAUACGUUCGUCGCCAAACAUUUGUCGAGCCGCCUGAAUUGCUUGGUGUGCGCGAGAUACUUCCCGAGGCGCAUCGGCAAACAGGGGUACGAGUGCAGGGACUGUCUGAUCAAAUGCCACAAGGAAUGUCACGUCAAGGUGUCGGUGGUGUGCACCAAUUCAAAAAUUCAUAACAUCGACCUGAAUAAUCUAACGGUAUUGCCAUCGAUAUCGGCCCAGUGACGAGGCAGUCGGCCGCGUCGGAUGUGACCCGCCCGGUCCGUUCACGUUCACCUUCUCCACCCGCUAACAAUUUCAUAAUAAUAAUAUAAUGUCAUAUUUUAUUACUAUUGUCGUAACGUUAUAACACACCAUGUUAUUUAUAUUGUACCUGUACGAUAACGUUGUUAUUAUAUUUGUGUGUACACCGACCACCGCGUUAUUGUUGUAACACUAUAAUAGAAGCACUGUCGUUAAAAUGGCACCGGAAUAAAAUAAUAUAACUAUAAUAUUAUAAACCAGGCGGUCGAUAAUGUCGCAGCGAUGAACAAUAAUAUUAAUAUCAUAUUAUUAUUUUCGACGCACAUCUGAAGACCGCCGCGGUGACGACAAAUCUGCCGACGACAAAAUAAUAUAGACGAUAGUCAUAAGGAUAUAUACUAAAUAACGAUGAUAAUAAUAACGAUUGCAAUGAUAACACAUUAGUACCUAAAUGUUUACUAGUAGUUUUUAAUUCGCUUACACUGCAACCGCGGCUGGCAUCUCGUUUUUUUUAUUUUUUCGUUUUUUUUUUUGGUCGCAUUUAAAUUAUAUUUCACACCACAAUACUGGUUGUAACGUUUGUUAAAUAUUAUUAAUUUUUUAUUCGGUACGAUUCGUGCUAAUAUAGUGUGUUUUAAAUACAAAUAUUUCGGUUGGUUUGGUCAGUAAGGUUUUAGAAUAUGCGGGGAUACUCCAAGCAACAAAAUCAUAAUAAUAUUGAGACAGUCAGUUUUAAUGAAUUUCAAUAUCGCAUGGGUUUUAAAAUGUCAAGUCUUCAAAACAAUAGUUUUAUUAUAGAACUAACAAAACAAAAUAUGUUUGUUUAUUGGUAGGUUAUACCGAUAUUAUGUACCCCACGGAAAUUAUUUUUUAUUAUUCGGUAUAAAAAUUGAUAACCAUUAGGUACAUACUACGAUAUCACAUUAGUCGGGAUCAUAGACGUAUAAACUAUACUAUGAUAACUACGACAGGGCAUUCCACUCCACCUACACAACUGUGCGAGAGAGAGAACAUAUUUUAUUAGUGGAUCACGGAGGAAAAAACUACACUUUUUUCAUUGCAUUUCCUCUAUCGACCGUUAAACAUAAUAAUAUUGUUAUGUAUAGAAGUCAGUAAUCACAAUAAUAAUUUAUCAGGUCAUCGAUACAAUAUUAUUAUAACGAUCUACGCGAUUUUAUCGUAAGUUGAUUUUUUAUUCGGCCGCAGACACACUAUAUUUCACUGAUCAUUUAGGCAUAUCUCUUUUCUCUAUCACUCUAGUAUGUCGUCGCUUGUGUUCUGUCUCUGAUCCUCGUCCAUAGUUUAUAGGUAUACGGUCGAGAUGCAUUGUGUUGUUACCUUAGACCUUAUACUCGUAGACGGAGCAUUACAGGUUGGCGGGGUUGGAUCACAGCCAUCAUCAUAGCAGUGUCGUCAUUUGUGACAACAUAAAAUAUGAUUAUUUGCAUAUUUAUACAAUAUACUAUUAAAACACAAAAUUAAAAAUGCAUAUUUUUUAAAAAAGCAUAAUAAUUAAUAAACAAUAAGUCACAUUAUAUUCAAUAAAUCAAUGUAUCAUUCAUUCAGAAACAAUAUAAUUUUCGUGUAUUAUUCACCAAUCAAUUUUCAUACAAUAUUUAUUGUUAAAAUAACCGAUCGCCAAACCGGAAAUUCUAUUGCGCAUGUGCGUAGUAAAAGUCGAACAGCGCACUCGCGUGGGCCCGCUGGAACUAAGCUCAUGCUCCGUCUAUUAGUAUAACGUCUACGGUGGUUGAUAAAAGUGGUGCUAUCAUUUUCGUGUACCUAUUGCAGUGUAACCACGAGACAUCUGACAACAAUAAAACAUGUGACAUACAAUUUUUGGAAACACUAAUAAUUGUGGUAUCGCAAUUUAAGGUACACAUAAUAAUAAAUUAUAAUUUUGCAAAAAAAAGUGAAAUGCACGCUGUUGCAGUAUAGGCGACGGGAUUAAGGGUAACACACGACUUCAUUAUUUAGAAGUUGUAACAACGACACGGCGGGGCGUGGACGAGGAAGACGGUCGACGGAGACGCAGAGCAAACGCCGCUGUCGUAGGAACCGUAACCGUGUAAUAGGUAACACUAUAAUGAUAUAGGGUAGGAUAGGAUAGGAGUAGGUUAUAUCGUAUAAUAGAUGAUAAUAUAAUAUCAGUAGAGUUAGUUGUUUUGUGCCCCGAACGUGUGUGUGUGUGUAAAGAAAUAAACAAACAAAAUAUAAAUAAUGAACAAUCCAAACAUUUUUUUUUUCGAGUCUAUAUAUCACGUAUUGUUAUUGGCAGGCGACAUUUAUGCAUGUGGUCAUAAAACAUCAAUCGUGUAUACAAGACUGAUGAGAAUAAUGUUAAUGUAUAAUAAUAACCAUAAUAAUAAUAUUAUAAUAAUAAUCAUCAUCGUAAUAAUAAUAAUAUUAAUAAUAAUAAUAAUAAUAAUAAUAAUAAUAAUAAUAAUAAUAAUAAUAAUCGUAAUUAUAAUAAUAAUAAUAAUAAUAAUCAUAAUCGUAAUCAUAAUAAUAAUUAAAAUAAUAUAAUAUUAUAAUUAAAAUAAUAAUAAUAAUUUUAAUAUUAAUUAAUAAUAAUAAUAAUUUUAGUAAUAAUAAUAAUAAUAAUAAUAAUAAUAAUAUGUAUUAUGUAUUAAAAAGACUAAGGUUAAAAUAAAAAUCAACACUACGAUAAUAUACAAACACACACUUACACAUAAAUACGUUAAACACACGUAGUCUUUCACACGCACACACACACACACACAGUUAUAUAGGUUUAUGCUGGGUGAUCUCAUUUGCACGGUUAACACUCGUCACCACGAAUAGGUAUAGUAUUAAUGUUUUGAAAACAAUUUUUUUUUACGUCAUCCGAAUUUGCUGCGAAACAACGCGUUCCCGUUGAAGAAAUAAUACAUUUUUUUACCAUAUUUUGUCGUUAGCAUUUCGAUUUCAUACGCCAAAGGAGAAUAUUUUUCUGACACAAACUCCGAUUUUGCGUGUACUGAAAUUCUCAGCAAAAUGUUCUGCUUCAGAACGAUAUGAAACUGCAAAACAUGUACCUACGUUAUCAUAAUUUAAAAACGCGUAACACUUUUACAACGAUAACGAUAAAAAUAGUAAACAAAAUAUAUGAUUUUUUUUUCGUUUGUAUUCCAAAAACGUGGACUUUUUAAUCGACCGAAAUAGUUUAUUAUCGUGACGUAGGUACCCGGGUACAGAUUUUUUUUUUUUCUUGGAAAACUUUAAGUUAAACUUUACAAAAUAAUGAUGAGUGUUCACUGCCAAAAGAACAAUCACCCCUUUUAAUUAUAAUUAUAUAAUUAUAUUUAUAUGCGUACGCGGACACGUAUAUAUUAUUAUGUAGAUAUAUAUAUAUUAUAUUUAAACCGGUAAAGUAACAUCAUAAUUAUAGUUAUUAUAUUACUCGCGCCGAUUACUGUAAUAUUCGUCUAAACUACAUUUUUGGUGCUUCAACAAUUUUCACCUAACUUCGUCGGUUAGCGACAGUAUGCAACAACGUUACUAGGUAUACAUCGUCGUACAUUGUCGUUUUAUGUUUUUGUUUUGUAUUGUUAUAUGUUUUUUUUUUUUUUUUU